GGAGGCUCAGUCUCGCAGCAGCCAUUGAAGGGGAAGGAACUGCGGGUGUGUGUGUGUGUGUGUAUGUGUGUGUGCGCGCGCGCGUGUGUGCGUGUGAGUGCGCGCGAGUGUGUGGACAAGGAGGUGGGGGCAGUCGAGUUAGAGUCCCAACUCCUUGGACUCCAUUUGCUAUUCUCUUCUUUCUCCCCCACACCUAUCUGGUGGUGGUGGGCGUUUAUAUUUGCUUUUCUUUUCAUUCAUUUCCACAUCUUUUACAAUUUAAGGGUUGGGGUAGUGGGAAAGGCAGGAGAGGGUAAGGGAAGGGAGGAGUAGCAGAAGAGCAGGAGGAGGACAUGGAGAUGAAGAAGAGGAUUAACCUGGAGUUAAGGAACAGAGCCCCGGAGGAGGUGACAGAAUUAGUCCUUGAUAAUUGCCUAUGUGUCAAUGGGGAAAUCGAGGGCCUGAAUGAUACUUUUAAAAAACUAGAGUUUCUGAGUAUGGCUAACGUGGAGCUAAGUUCACUGGCCCGGCUGCCCAGCUUAACUAAACUUCGAAAGUUGGAACUUAGUGACAAUAUAAUUUCGGGAGGCUUGGAAGUCCUGGCAGAGAAAUGUCCAAAUCUUACCUACCUCAAUCUGAGUGGAAACAAAAUCAAAGAUCUCAGUACAGUAGAAGCUCUGCAAAAUCUUAAGAAUUUGAAAAGCCUUGACUUGUUUAACUGUGAGAUCACGAACCUGGAGGAUUACAGAGAAAGUAUUUUUGAACUGCUGCAGCAAAUCACCUACUUAGAUGGAUUUGAUCAAGAGGACAACGAGGCACCGGACUCAGAAGAGGAGGAUGAUGAGGAUGGAGAUGAAGAUGAUGAAGAUGAAGAGGAACAUGAAGCUGGUCCACCUGAAGGCUAUGAGGAGGAGGAGGAAGAGGAGGAGGAGGAGGAGGAGGAGGAAGACGAAGCAGGCUCAGAACUGGGAGAGGAAGAGGAAGUGGGCCUCUCCUACUUGAUGAAAGAAGAAAUCCAGGAUGAAGAAGAUGAUGAUGACUAUGUUGAAGAAGGGGAAGAAGAGGAAGAGGAUGAAGAAGAGGGACUUCGAGGGGAAAAAAGGAAACGGGAUGCUGAAGAUGAUGGAGACGAAGACGACGACUAGAUCAUUCUAAGACCAGAUUCCCUAGAGGUCCUGGCUGUGCAAUAGAGUGAUCACAUCUUCUUUGUUUCUUCAUGUACCAUAGUGAACCCUCCAGAAAAUAACCCGUAACUUUUUAUAGGAAAAGUGUGGUUUUACUAUUUUUGCCUUAUCAUUCCAAAUAAGAUUUACUAGUCUGUUAAUGAUCAUACUGUAUGUAGAGAAAAAAUUUUCAUUGAGCCCAUUGUGAAAUUCCCUAGCAAUUGAUUUAGAAUCUUCAUUUUUCUCAUUCAAGCUCACUGUAUUAGUUAUUUUUAGCUCCUAAUUAAAACAUGAUCACUUUUACACAGGCGUAGUUUGGUGCAUUUCAUUCAUAAGGUUUUAAAGUUAUUUAUAGUUAACUGAAAUCAUGGUCAGCUGGAAUAUGAAAUGAAGUCUCUUGAAUGAGAAGUUGGUUAUUUUUUUAGAGGUGACCCAGAGACCUUUAGUUUGAAGGCAAUGACUUCUUUUUUUUUUUUUUGGAUGCUUUUUUGUGACUUGAGUAGCUUGGAAAGUAGGAGCAGAAUAGUAAAGGUUCUACUCAACAGUAUAAUUUAUGGCUUUUGUGGAGGCUUCUGAAACCUUUUCAAGUCAGGUGACUAAAGAUUGUGUUGUUGAAGGAAAAUUGCUUGCACAAAGCUCAGAGACAUGCGGGUGAGCCCCCCCUUUUUUUUUUCAAGCUGAAGAUCACAACAUGCAGAGGGGUUGGUUAUUUUGGUUUGUUUUUAAAUGCAUUCUUUCUUUUCCUCUCAGAAAUUCCUUUAUGAUCACUUUCAUUUCUUGUUUCACUCCUCUCCUUCUGUCUCAAAAAAAAAAAAAAAAAAAAAAGUUGGGAGCCUUCUGUGAUACCCAGGAAAGCCUUUAGUUUUUUAUACCUCAGCCACCUUUUCAGACUUCUGUUUCAAACAAGCUAAGUGAAAGAAACUGAGUACUUUCUGAGAUAUGAAUAUUAUUACCAGUACACUUUUAUGCAACAGGUCCUGCUUACUGUAAGUCAUUUUUCAUUGACAAGAUGUACAGAUUGUAUUAUUAGGAUGAAGGGAAAAAAAGCAGAGGAGGCUUUUGGAAGCAGCAGUAAUAUUCCUCAAAAGUCAGAACAAUUGCCUGUUGAUAAUGAAUGAGAUGUUCAAGUCAAAUUUUCAAGUUCGCUUCCCAAAUGAUUUAGAUACCACACUGCAAAGUAUUUCUAACUUUUCUGAGUAGAACCUUUAAUUAUUCUUCCUAUAGUUUUAAGGAAUUACCAGAUAGAGCUUUUAAUUGGAGUAUACUGGGCAGUUGGAAAAUAUUUGAAACUAAAUCAAUAUUAAAAAUUAAGAUUUGGUUUCAAGUGGAUGUCCAUUAAAAAUCGAAAAAUAUUUUGGGACGAACCACAUGUUUCUACAUAUGGCUACUAAAUAUAAUAACGAUAGACAAGUACAUCCCUGUUUUUAUUGUGGAGGCUCCGUGGUCAAGGCCAUUGCUUUUGCAAUCUUGGCCAUCUAAAUGUUUUUCCACUUUGUUUUGGAUAUCUGGAAGUGUUUUUAAAGUUAGCAUCAGCAAAUUAAUUGAAGUAACUGGGACACAUGUAAAUUACUGAGUGAAGAACUGGUUCUUUUUUAGUUUCAAAUGUAUGACUUGGGGUUUUAGAGUA